CCGGGCAGAGCGGCUUUGCCCGUCGUUGGCGCAGUGUAUUGUGGGAGUGAUUAAGGAAGUAAAAUGGCGGACCUGGCCAACGAAGAAAAGCCAGCCAUUGCACCUCCUGUCUUUGUAUUUCAGAAAGAUAAAGCACAGAAGAGAUCAGCAGAUGAGUCAAGUCCGGAAGAUGGGGAAGAAUCUGACCGAGAAGAUGGGAGUUACUGUCCUCCUGUAAAACGGGAAAGAACUUCCUCAUUAACACAGUUCCCGCCUUCACAGCCAGAGGAAAAGAGCACUGGAUUCAGACUGAAGCCACCCACUCUUAUCCACGGCCAGGCACCAAGUGCAGGAGUCCCAAGUCAGAAACCGAAGGAACAGCAGCGAAGUGUUUUGCGCCCAGCAGUAUUGCAAGCUCCCCAGCCAAAAGCUUUUUCACAAACAGUUCCAAGCAGCGGAACCAAUGGUGUAAGUAUCCCUCCCGAUCCUCUGGCUGCUACAUUUGAACCCACAACUAAUACCAUACCGAAAAGUCCUGAUUCAGAAGAAAUGGAGAACCCAUGUCAGAAAAAUAAACCCAACAAUGCUUCACAUACUGAAAAAUGUGAAAAAGAGCAGAACACACAGCAAUCCUUUGUGUUUGGGCAAAACCUAAGAGACAGAGUGAAGCUAGGAGAUGAAGGGGACGAAUCAGCUGAUGUGCAAAACACCUGGCUCCCAAGCUCUGAGAUGCCUUCUGCUACAAACUACUUCCUGCAGUAUAUCAGCUCCAGCAUAGAAAACUCUACACACAAUGCCGAUGCCUCCAGCAACAAGUUCGUGUUUGGGCAGAAUAUGAGCGAGAGAGUGCUGAGUCCACCCAAAUCGAGUGAGGUCAGCACAGACAGUAACAAGGAAAACACCGCUGGUGAUUCUGGCUCUGAAUCUUCAUCCCAGGAAGCCACUCCAGAAAAAGCCAAUAAUAUUUCAGAAUCGCUGGCUGAGUCUGCCGCCGCCUACACAAAGGCCACCGCCAGGAAAUGUCUCCUGGAGAAGGUAGAAGUAAUCACAGGAGAGGAAGCGGAGAGUAACGUGCUGCAGAUUCAAUGCAAGUUGUUUGUCUUUGAUAAGACCUCCCAGUCCUGGGUAGAAAGAGGCCGAGGGCUUCUGAGGCUGAAUGACAUGGCGUCUACGGACGAUGGGACAUUGCAGUCACGCCUGGUCAUGAGAACACAAGGCAGCCUGCGAUUAAUCCUGAACACCAAACUGUGGGCUCAGAUGCAGAUUGAUAAAGCCAGUGAGAAAAGCAUCCGGAUCACAGCCAUGGACACCGAAGACCAAGGAGUCAAAGUGUUCCUUAUAUUGGCAAGUUCUAAAGACACAGGACAGCUGUAUGCGGCUUUGCACCAUCGGAUCCUGGCCUUGCGGAGUCGUGUGGAGCAAGAGCAAGAAGCCAAAAGUGCAGCACCGGUGCCCGAAGUGACACAGUCCAACGAGGAAGACAGUGAUGACGAUGUUCUUGCCCCUUCAGGAUCACCUGGAAGUGGUCCCACCGAUGAAGUGGAUGGGCAGACAACCAGCAGCACAUAGCGGCCACGGUCCAGACCACUUGCAAGAGCUGCUGCCAGAAACCCCCUUUCGCAGGGCCCUUUGUGAGACUCCUGCCCCAGGCCAUCUCUUGCUCUGGACAGCAACGGAGGCUGAGAUUUAAGAACUCUGCAUCCCUGUUCUGGGUUUUUUUUUUUCUCUGUGUGUGUGUGUUGGAUUUUUUUCAGGGGGGCUGGAUCAGUUGAUUCCAUAUUAAACAAAAAAACAAAACAAAACACAGCAGACUUUGGACAAAACUGGCUGAAUGUGAUUUUGGGACAUUUAAUUGCUCAUCAUAUUGAUGAGCAGGGAGAAAAAAAGUACCAUUUCUCUCCCCCCCCCCAACUUGUGAUUCAUUGUGGGAGGGGAGGCACAUUGAGACUUGCCAUAGCUUGCCCACGGGACUUCCUUGUCUUGCCACACACACUCUUCCUCUGUCCCCCAACUCCAGUAGCUUAUUGACCUCUGCCAUGGACCCUUCCAGCAGUCUCUUCUUGCCGUCUUUUUUCCUAAAAACCCCACCCACCCUUCCACCCACCCUGGUUUCUGCCUCUCCCACCAUUUCUGAAGAAAAGCCGGAUUUCAGCUGGAAGACCUUUUCCUUAAAAACAAAACAAAACUUUUGCCCCAUUGGAAACUUUGCAGACAACAGUGUUGCUUGUCUGAGGGGCACCUCUUGGGGGGCGGUUUACGUUUCGGUUUCUCCUGGAAGUUAAAAACAACACUUUGGCUCUUGAAAAUAAGACUUUUGCUGAGUUUGGAGGGAGGGAAAAGACUUUAAGCUCUGGAGUGGGAAAGGGAGUGUUUUUUGUUCUUUUUUAUUAUUAUUGUUUUUGCUAACAACUCCUUCCUUUCUCUGGUUAUCAUUAUUGUUGUCGUUUUGGGACUUCAGAUGUGGCGAUAACUUUUUUUUAGAUUUUAAUAAGAUACUCUUGUGUGUUGACCAAGUGGGCCCCUUCUGUUUUUGUACUGUUCUCUUUCUGUUACUAUUUAAAGGAGAGUGAAGCCACUGUGUAUAUAGACAUACCUACACAGGCACACAUGUGUACAUAUAUAGCAGGUGUUCAUAUACCAGGUUGUUUUUAAUCCUCUUUCAAAUAACCUUUUUAUUUCCUUCUUGCCUUGCCAAGGUGCUUAACAGCUGAUUAGGAAACAGCUGCCUCAUUGUCCUGAGAACAGGAGGGCUGCUCUUCCAAUCUUGGCCAACUACUGAAAAAUAGGUAUUGCGUUGAGCGCUUUCUCUUGUCCAGCAAGCAACUUCAGUUUGUGCCUAAAUACAAACUACAUAAGCAUCAACAUUGGCUGCCACCGGCUCUGUGGGUUUGCUUGAUUGAGAUGUGUCCAGAGCGCUCUGUUGAAUUGGGAAACCUCUUCUAAUAAGUUUGGCUGAAAAAGCUGUUUCUGGCUUUAGCUGGAUUAUGACAAAUAAGUUGGGCAGCAGCAUCUUUGGGCAGAAAGGCCAUGGAGACUCGAAUUGCUUUGGUGACUCUGCAGAGUGGCACAUCCAUCAGGAGGCUCUGUAGAAGCAUUUGUGGCCUUCUCUUUUCCCCUUGGUCUUGACAGGACCACUGCUUGGUUGAACUCCCAAAUUUGAGCCAUUUGCAAUGAAGAUGAUAAUACGACACAGUUGGGAAAAGGCACCGUCUGAUUCUGCCUGAGGUGGUUGAGAAGUGCAAAGGCGGCCUCUCUUCAUCUUGUCGGAGGGAGCCCUGAAACUAAGAAGAGGGUGGAGACCUGUUUCUCGAACUCUGUCCUGAAGAAGACAAGGAGGACAUUGUAAUACGAAAUCCUGAGUUGCUGAGUCACAGGAACAACUGGGGAACAUAGGCAGGUUUUAUAUCCUAACUGCCUCCACUGUGUAAUGGAUGAAAAUUCUCAUCAGGCCUCUGGAGUCUGUCUUUGGGUCGUUUCUUCUGUCUUUGCCACCUUUGGAAGAGGGUCAGGCUAACAAAAGGUUCUUUUCUUCUCCCUCCCCCUGCCUGGGAGAGAAAGCGGAUGGCCGUGCAUGUGUGCAGCCCUCUCCAAAUUUUUUUGCUUAACCUUUCUCCCUCUCCUCUUAUGUUUCAGUUCUUAUAUCAGGAGAAAUGCACCAGAUAUGUACAUACAAACCACCUACCGAAUAACACUGAAUACUGAUACGAUUGUAAUCCUCAGGCAGUUGUGCUGCUUUUAGGGAGAAUGAUUUUCCACUUGUGUUAACCAGACACCCCCCUUUUAAGACAGUUAAUUAUAAAAGUGGAUGCACAUCUGGUUUUUAAAAAGUUACUUUGGCAUAACAGGUAUGUGAUGAGUGGAACGGGAAUAGGGUGUUAUUUUGUUCGCUUUUGUGGAACAUCUGGAGCUAAGAGGAUCCUCCAUUGGUAUGCAUGUGAUUGUGUGAAAGAGGGGUGUGUAUGUUUGCGUGUAUGACAUUUGAAGGAGGCACCUGAAGUCAUCUAGGGUAAGAGCCGGGCUGGUUUCUCUAGAAAUGUUAAUAUUCAAUGGAAUGUUUAAACAGUUACCCACAGAGUUCAUUUAAAAAAAAAUAAUCUGGCAGCUAUUUAUGGACACAGUGGUUUGGAUUUGAAUGACUCGCCUGUGGCAAGGAGAAGGAGAUUCUACGUUUCAUUCUAGACCAGCCACAGGCUCUGUCCCUUGCACAGUAACUGUCUGGAAAUGCGUUUUGGGCGCUUCCUGAGAUGGAAAGUUGGCUGGGCCAGACACAGACUUUAUAAAUUUCUUUUCUUCUUCAAGCCGUUAGCCAAUUAGUGAUAAGUAAAACAAAACAAAAAAACAGACAACACCCAUGUGUUUUGGAAGAUUUCUGUACAAUUGUCAUAUCAGAUGUAUUUGGAAAUUACAUUAAAAACUUGUAACAAAA